ACCUGACGGUGCACAUCGGUGAAUGGUUUUGUCAAAACAACGUCAUGUGACCGCCUGACGUCAGUCCUGCAGAGGAGGAGGAGGAGGAGGGGGGAUCCAACAUGGCGUCCAUGCAGAAGAGGCUACAAAAGGAAUUAUUAGCCAUGCAAAAUGAUCCACCCCCUGGAAUGACGCUUAACGAAAAAAGUGUACAGAACACCAUUACGCAGUGGAUUGUAGACAUGGAGGGAGCAUCUGGCACACUGUAUGAAGGAGAGAAAUUUCAGCUGCUCUUCAAAUUUAGUAGUCGAUAUCCAUUUGAUUCACCUCAGGUUAUGUUCACAGGAGAGAAUAUACCUGUCCACCCUCAUGUGUAUAGUAACGGUCACAUCUGUCUAUCCAUUCUAACGGAAGAUUGGUCGCCAGCCCUCUCAGUGCAAUCAGUUUGUCUUAGCAUUAUCAGCAUGUUGUCCAGCUGCAAAGAAAAGAGACGACCGCCUGAUAACUCCUUUUAUGUAAGAACGUGUAACAAAAAUCCAAAGAAGACAAAAUGGUGGUAUCAUGAUGAUACAUGCUAAUGUACAAACUUUGUAAUAAUCGUAGAAGAAAGAAGUCCUUCUGACCUACGUAAAGCACUUUUUAAAUCAUUCAGUCUUUGAACUCUGACCUUUGACUGGAACAAUGGACACCAUGCGCUGGAUGCUCUUGACUGCAUUUCCCCCCCACCCACCGCGGGCAGUUGGAUGCAUGUUUUAGUCGGUUUGUAAUAUAGAGAACGAAAAUAAUGGAACGUUUUAGAUGCACCCAAGAUGGAUAGUUUUUGGCAAAAAGCUGGUACUGCAGCGAGCAAGCAAGAAAGGUGGAUUUGUAGUGAGCUAAUUAUAAUUCCUGUUUUAAGAUUAUUGUUACUUUAUUUUGUUUGUGUGUGGGUGCAUUUUAAGGUCCUUGUGUUGUGCAAUAAUAACUGAUGAAUGCAUGCUUGGGCCUACAAAGAGAAAUCCAAAUCUGCUCCGUUUUCUGGAAGGGACCUUACCAUCAUAACCCCAAGGAAAUGCUUCAUCUGUUUGUUUGUUUUUUUAAAUUAUAUGCACUGUGAAAGUAUCUAGUUCAUAAAGGCACUAUCAGUAUGAUAACCCCAACUUGCAGUUGUACUGUAAGCAAUCCUCCACUUAUUCAUCAGGUUAAAGGGUUUUAGUUGGUAACCACUCUGUAUCUAGAGUGAACAGUUUUCUUCUUCAUCUUCCAACUUUAGACCUGGUUGCAGCUCUUCCUGCAGUUAGACAAUAUGUCGGUGAAUCAAACAGACAAACGAUAGAUCUCUUCGUCAGCAUAUGACCUCGGAGUACACCUCCUUGUAAAGUUGGGCUGAACUUGUGUAUUGAUCACUAGUCCAGCCUUGAAGCAGUGCAGCGGCCUCUCUUCCAUUUAAAGAAUGUCUGAAAGAGAACGUUGUCGCAUGAUUCAUUUUUAUUUGUAUGCUACCAUUUUAUAAUUUCAUGCUUUAAUCUUCUAAAACCUUUUGAUUUUAAAUGUUGAUUUCUUUUUUGUACUUCUUUUCAACUUGCUGAUACUUUGAAAAGGGUAAUUUAUUUUGAUGGGCCAGUAUAUUUUAGAUAUUUUUUUUUUCUUUCUGUAUUUGUUAUUUAAUUUAAAUCUUAAUUUUGAUCUCCAGAAUGGUAAUGAAUGACGAAAAGGAGAAUCUUUAUAGAAGCCUUAAAGAUGAGGCUUUAGGGAUUCCCCCUGGUCAGAGUUUUGGCUCAGGUACUUUUUUCAAUAAAGAGAUCACCUCUAAAAAGAUACCUAUCAGAUAUUUUGAAUUUAACUAUAUUUUCACCAAAAGAGACUGUUAUGUUGUAAACUUAUAACAUGUCUGAAACUAUUGUAUAUAAGUCUUUAAAUGGUUGGAUGAUGUGAACGAAAUUAGCAGAGGAUGCAUUUACUUAAUAUUAGAAUGAUAAUAGGAGUGCUUUAUUUCAUUGGAAGUUAGUCUGCAUCUUUUGCUAAUUAGGCUGUGUACAGUCAGCAACAAACACUACUGUUGGUUUAAAAAAAAAAAAAAAAAAAAUAAAAUAAAAAAAAGUUUAGUAGUUUUACAGUGGGGAUGCAUGCAAAUUUAACCCCUAUUUUUUCUUAUUGGCAUCAGACAUUGUGACAACUUUUAGUCUUUCCAUCACUUAGGUAAUGGUUUAUGUGAUGGAUAUUGCAAACAUCACCUCCAGAGUCUGUGUGGCUCUUUGUCAUUUCAGACUGUAUUCGCUCCAUUCCUAAAGAAAUGUUUAUCGCCAUUCAGUCAGAGAUACUUGAAUUUUCCAUCUUGGGUUGUUUGUAUUGCAUUUGCUUUUUUUCCCCCAGGGUCUAGCUGAGUUUCUUGAAUGGACUUGAGUGAAUGUGAUGAUACUCUAUACUGUAGAGCAGAUUACCACGGCACACCGCUAUCUCAAAAACUAUAUUGAUAACUUAAAGACAUCUAUUUAACCAAUGAUUAUUUUAUUUUUUUUAGCUUCAUUGUAAUGGUCUUGUCUGUUGUCACCGCGCUGUGAGAAAAAGACGAUAGGCCUGAAUAUGAUUGUGUAAAUGCAGUCACAACAGCAUUUGAGUGGAGGACACUAAGCCUUCACCCAGUGGGCAGUAGAUCAGAGGAGAUUUGAAAAAAACUUUGAGUGAAAAUGUUACAAGGUUUUGGAAGUUACAUGUUUUUAUUUUUCUUCCUAGGUUGUUUUUUUUUCCUUUUCAAUGUGGUUUGAACUCUUAGCUUGCAGGUUGUUGUGAGUGUUCAACACUAAUGAGGGUGUGUUAUUUAUAUUUGAAAUUUUGUUCUGGGAUGUGCAAGCUCCAUGUAAUAGGUGCCUGUUCAUUUUCAUAAUCAAUAAUAAAAAGCAAAGAUUC